AUGGAGCCCGCGGAAGAGGUGGAGAUUUGGGCGCCCAUCUUGGCUGACCCUCUUGAUUGGCCUCCAUCUUCUGUCACUGUUCUUCUUCCAAGUCAGGUACUCCCCACAUUUCCUUUCUUCAUCAGCCGGUUCCCUUCUCACAUGUUUAUGCUAGACGCACCAAGAGUAGUGAACAUUGCACCAACUAAACCCAUCGUCCGUCCAACCAUCUGCAAUUCUGCAUCCCCAUCACUAAAAAUAGAAAUCAAGAUCAAACAAUUUGCACAAGAGCCCGAAGACCUCAUAGUAAAGGAAAAUUGGAGGCGUGGCCCACGAGGUCCUCGCAGGAGGAGGGUAUUUCCUUCAGGAAGCGGAGGAAUGAAUUUUCACCGUCGGAAAAACAACGAACAUUGGACACAUGAAGAAGUGAAGAAGCUGGUUAAGGGUGUCAAGACAUAUGGUGCUGGGAAAUGGACCAUGGUGAAGAGUCACUACUUCUCAUCGUCAGUUCGAGACCCAACACAUCUCAAGGACAAAUGGAGGAACCUUUUGAGAGCUUGUGGGGUCAUGUGCGCCUCCAAAAGGAAGGAAAAGGCACAAAAGACUAUGUUCCUGCCCCUAGAUACAAACUUGAUCGAACAGAUCCAAGGGUUAGCUAUUGAUUCAGCCUUCGCAUCCAAAAUGAAGAAAUGCCAUGGGAAAGGAACAAUCCGUCUGGAAAUGAUAACGAAAUGA